CCUUUCGGUGCUAGAAUCAAAACGAGGUGGUAACGAGCACGAGAUCUUUGGGCUGCUACCGAAAAAGAGACACAGUUUACCUCAUUUGCUUACGGCUUCAAAUUGAAGGUUCUGAUGACUUGAGUUCUGUUGUUAUAAAUGUCGCAGUAUUUUUUACUAUCGUCAGCAUGCGGAAGGAUUACUGUUAUACGUGGACUUGAAAGUCCACAAGAAGGAUAUUUGGUUUUUAUGUGUUCAAAAAUUGUGUGUCUCACGUGAAUUGGUGUUCACGACGGGCCAUGUGAAGUUAAGUCUACAUUUGUUACCUGGCUACUGCUGCUUCGCUUCUAGAAGUCAUAUUUUUAUUUGGUCAUCUUAAUUUCAUGCCAUAUAGCUCUGUAUUUUGAAAAAUCAUCAUGAAACUUCUUCAGUUCUCAUAUAAGAAUUUCUGGUGCACACUUCUAGCUAUCGCUCUAGCAUUCUGCUUGAUUUCUGCCGAAGAUACUUUCAAAUGCCCUGAACAAUUCGGAUAUUAUCGAGAUUCUCGAGACUGUUCUAAGUACUACGUGUGCGUUUUUGGAGAUGCUUUACAUGAAAAAUGCACAGGAGGCUUACACUUUAGCCUUGAACUUCAAACAUGUGAUUGGCCCAGGAAUGUCGAUUGUCUGAAAGAAGUCGAAGAUGAGAUCUUCAGCUCCAGUCGUAAGUCGUCUGCAACAGCUUCCAGCGACGAUUCCCAGACUCAGCUAAAACAUCAGAACCUUGAAAAGGAUUCCGUGCCGAAUUACCAAGAAUUUGAUGAUAAUAGCAGUCAAGAGUCCAAAGAUUAUUCCAAAAACAGCGCCGAAACUAUAAAAGAGAGUGAAACACCAUACCCAACGAAAUCUCCUCAGCGAAUAUCCACAACAGAAGCCACAACAGCCUCUUCUCAGUACGAACAAAACCGCCAAACGACUUAUUCAGACAAAUCUGCAGCUGGUCAAGAUUCGUCAGAAAGUGCCUCGGAAGAUCCGCUAUAUGCCAGUGAUGAGCACAGCAAGAUACCAUUGGAUAAUUAUGAUCCUCAAGAACCAAAAUAUGAAGAAGCUGCUCCACCUCUGAUUGAUUCAGAAGGUGGCAUUCAUAUUGCAGAUGGUGGUCAUGGUCUGGAUGCUUUCGGAGGAUUGGCGCAUUUGCCGGGACUUGGUGAUUUCCGAGUACUUGAGAAGCCAAUUUACAAUGCAAAUACUGGUAAUCAAGAUCGGGACCAAGAUUACCAACGUAAUAAAGAAACAAGCUUGUCCACUAAGCCUAGAAGUUUGGAAAGUUAUCCAAAUAAUGGGCAAUCAAAAGAUCCAGAUGUAAUAAUAGAUUAUUCCGAUGGUAAACAAUUAAAUUACGAUUUUGAAGAAAGAAAAAAAGGACUCCCCACUCCACCACCGACUAUUUUUGAUGAUAACGUAGAUCACAUUGACUAUGGCGGUUUUGAUAUCAUAACACCAGUACGCAAAAAUCCUGAUCAAAGUGCUGUAUUAGCUAGAGACUUACAAUUAUCUAAGGAUUCAGAUUUAUCCCUCAUAGAAAGGAUUCCAAAUUCAGAGCUUUCCAGAAAUGGCCAAAAAUCAGAUAAAGAUGCAAGCAUUCAGAGCAAACCUGCAGUUCCUCCAGUGACGUCUGAUACAAUAGAUUUCCAGAAACUCAAUAUUAACAAUGAUCGUAAUCUGAGGACUUCUAAUAUCACAAUUCCGGAAAUACAAUUUGAUGACCAUCCUUCAGAUUUCGGAUCUGAGGUUCCUCUACGAACACAACCUUCAUCACAAGAUAAUCAAAGAAAUAAAGAUAUAAGGGUCAUUGAUUUGACAAGAAUAGAUAAUCAGGCAGAUGAGAAGAAAAAUAAUGGUAUAAAUUUAGAUAUUAUUUUAAAUAAUGGUAGAAGUAGAGAUCCAGAUGUAGAAUACCCCCAGAACAAUCGUGAUGGACAAGAAGACUUCAGGCGUUUUAAUGAGGAAUUUUCAGGUACUCGUGAACUUAACAGAAAUACUCCACCCUUAAGUCGAUCUCAAGAACAACCUAGUCGUGCAAUUGGGGACGUGUCAAGGACAUUUGAAGAAAAUAGUCAAGAAGACAAUGUAAAAGUCGUACCCUCUGUAUCCACUGGUGCCAAAGAUACGUAUUCAGAAACCAGAGAUCGAAGUAGUAACGAAGAAAGUAGAAAGCCUGGUACCGUACCUCCUCUCCAUACUAGUAAUGAAGAUAUUACUUUAGAUCAGCCAUUCCAACUCGAUUCUGUAAACGCGAAUUUUGGGAUAUACACCGGAGUUCAAAGACAAAGCAAGAAACUCGAUACAAUACCAGAUGUGAUUGAAUCUCAAAGCAUUACCGAUAUUCAGAAAGAAAGUGCAUUUUCUCAGAGGCAUCCAAAUCAUCAAAAUGAACAGUCAAACAAAAAGCAAACUGGAGAUCCUCAAGUAAAAGAUAUCUUAUUUCCAGAAAGGUUUGAUGAAAAGUCUAUUGAGUAUGAUGAAUAUGGUACUUCUCAAGACCAUUUCACUGGUGAUUACUAUACAAGACAGGAAACUCCUGAAGUAACAACUAGAUCUAAUGUAGUAAUUAGAACUCGUCCUACUAGACCUCGGAAGUCUACAACGACCACUACUACGACUACAACAACCACAACUCCAGCACCUAUUAAAAUUAGAACUCGUCCUCCUAUUAGUCAAGUUGUCAAACCAACCAAACCGUCUUACGCUGCUACAACUCCAACCAGCCCACCAUCUAGACCACCCAAUCAAUAUCCAACACCUCAACCUUAUACUCAAGCCCAGAAGUGUGACCCUAGAAAGUGCAGGCUGCCAGAUUGUCGCUGUGGAGGUUCAGACAUCCCCGAGGGUCUUAGAGUGAACGAAGUUCCUCAGCUCGUUCUGUUGACAUUCGACGAUGCUGUAAAUGACCUCAACAACGACCUUUAUGACGAACUUUUCAACACAGGCAGAGCAAAUCCUAACGGAUGUCCUAUUUUGGGAACUUUCUAUGUGUCACAUGAAUGGACAGAUUACGGCCAAGUUCAGACUCUAUACUCAAAGGGCCACGAAAUAGCAUCCCAUUCUAUCACUCAUAGCUACGGUGAGAAGUUCUCAAAGAAUCAAUGGAUGCGUGAGAUUCACGGACAGCGGGAGAUUCUGCACAUGUACGGUGGAGUCAAAAUGGAAGAUAUACGCGGAAUGCGCGCACCUUUCCUCCAAAUCGGUGGCAACAAGAUGUUUGAAAUGUUGUACGAUGCUAAUUUCACCUAUGACUCUUCCAUGCCUGUGUACGAGAACAAUCCUCCCUUCUGGCCUUACACACUCGAUUAUGCCCAAAGCCACGAAUGUAUGAUUUUCCCUUGUCCAACAAAGUCGUUUCCAGGACUCUGGGAAGUUGGCAUGGUCAUGUGGGUGGACCUAAGGGGAGGACGCUGCUCCAUGGGUGAUGCUUGCUCCAAUCCUCAAGAUGAAGAAGCCGUCACCAAAAUGCUAAUGAAGAAUUUUAAUAGACAUUAUAAAUCAAAUAGAGCACCUUUUGGUCUGUUUUAUCAUUCAGCAUGGUUUAAUACGCAGCAUCAUCGACGAGGAUUUAUGAAAUUUUUGGAUGAGAUUUUGCAGAAAGAUGAUGUCUGGUUAGUUACCAACUGGCAGCUCAUCCAGUGGAUGAGAAACCCAACUCCAUCAAAUAAACUAAAAGAUUUUGAACCAUUCAAUUGCAGACGACUAGACAGACCUCCACCUUGUCCUUCUCCAACAGUGUGCAAUGUAUGGUACCAGGGCGGUGUCAGGUACAUGAAGACUUGCCAGCCUUGUCCCGUCAAAUACCCCUGGGUUGGAAACACAGGCUAUGACAGCAAUCGUGGAUAACAUAGUGUGAUCCAUCCUAGGAUUAUUUUAAUUUAAUUGGUUUUAUCGAACAAUAUUUAGAAUGUGAUUGCGUUUUAACUGUUAUUUAAUAUCUUCAAUUCUACGGUUCCUGAUAUCUUUCAUCUAAUUUUAUAAAUGCCAAGACUUUUGAACUCUUACAUUUGUGUGGAUUGAGCUCUUUUUUGCCAUAAAUUAGUCCAAGGAAUGAAUUAUUGUUUUAAGUGUACUGUCCUGACAUGUGAUUGAACUUCAUGUGUACAAGUAUUAAAUCUGUAUGAAUUUCAAAUUUUACAAUAAGUACCUUAGAGUUUUCAAUCAUGCCAUAAAGCUUUUCAGAAGUUCAAGUAAUUAACUGAAUCAAUGCUACAUCUUCAUUGAUGAAAGAUGUGUGUAAUAAAUAUGAAGCAUGCUUAAAACAAUUUAUUAUUUCGUGAUUAUUUUAAAUCUUGUGUGCGAUAAGCGAAACAAAGCUCUCACCUCUUUAUGGUCAUUUAAAAUUGUUGCCAAAUAAUAUUACUUGUGUUUUUAUUUUGGAGAAUUCUGGUGUUCUUUGCUCUUGAGAUUACAGGAAAUGGACUUUUCAGCCAAAUUAUGGAGGUGAUAAUAUUAAAAUUGAAUUUUCUUCUACUGAAUGCUUUCUUUAUCAAGGUGAACGUGCUCUUGUAAUUUCGGUGUUUGAUUCCUAAUUUCUUUUUAUACUUAUGUGCCAAGCGAAAUAUAUUAUAUGACCAAUUUUAUAGUUUUAAAUUUUGAUAUCUUAAUGAAUUUCCACGCUAUGUAAUGAGAUAGUUAUACUUUAUGCAAUUUUAAGGAUACGUUAAUAUUUCUUACUCCUUAAAAUAGCAUAGUUAUUAAAUAUUUUAAACAAUGCUAUUUGCUUAUGCAAAAUUGCUUUCCACUUUUUGAUUUUUAAUAUAUUUUCUUAUGUUUUUUUAAUUUUCAUUAGUAUUUCAUUAAAAUACAUUUUGCAUGUUUUGGAUAAAUUUAAACCUCAUUUUUUAUUUGAAAUAUUUUAUCAUUGAAAAAAAUUAAAAUUUUAUGCAUGAAUUUCGUGUUUACUUUUAAUUAUGAGUUUUAAACUUUUGCAGCGGAAUAUUCUAAAGCAAUUUUAGCCUUGGAUAUAUGCUAAUCGGCUUAAAUGCGUAAAAUAUAUUUGACAUAAAAAGCAUACAUUCACUAUAAGUUCGACUAAGUCAUGAAAUUUGAGCAUUUAGUUGCUAGUUAAACAUUUCAUCUAAUUUCUCUUCAUAUUGUUUCUAGGUUCAAAAAUUUACUUCAUAAAUAAGUUAAUUAUUUUUUACAACUCUCUUCAUAUUGUUUCUAGGUUCAAAAAUUUACUUCAUAAAUAAGUUAAAUUAUUUUUUACAACUCAUCCAACGAUACAGUCUGAGAAUAUUACGUUUAAGCACUGCAUCGGGUAUUUUAAGUUCCUUAUAUGGUGUUAUACGAAAGAUUUCGCUUGGUACGAAAAUCUUUAAUGACAGCACAGUGUGCUUAGCUACGACAUGCAAGAACUGCAUCAUAUCAUGUGAGUAAUAUGAAUAAUCUCGCCAUAUAUGCUUCUUCUGAUAUAUUAAAAUGUAUUUUCCAGAAUUUCAAAUGUCUUCUCUCUUUAACAGAAUGAGCUAAGGAUGAGAACAACAAAUUACAUUAAAUCCUUUUGCUUAAAUACUAGAUCCUUGCUGAAAGAGGAAGACAAAUAUAGUUUCCCAAAUGAAUCUCAAUACAAACCUAGAUAAUUUCGGUUAUAAAGGUAAUCUUACGUAUGUUUUGCAGUCUUUUCUGUCGUGAUAAAACAUAAUUUGAUGCAGUUCUUACUGUCAAUAAGGUAAUGGUGGGUAAACACUUUUAUCUUCUUUGAACUGUCCUUUUAUGUUACGUCUUUUGUAUUAGUAAGACAUAAAUGUGUUUUUGUCAAUAAAAAUGUUAUUUUGUGCAAGUA